AUGUCCAACGCGGUCUACCUAACCGAGCAAGAAGCGGCGCGCAUCAAAACCACCGUCCUCAACAGCGCUUCAAAACGCGCCACCCUCAUCGGCAAUGCACGCACACCGCGAAUCGCCAAAGACGCCAUCAGCCAAGCCACCGGGGCCGCGCUGAUGGCCGACAUGGGCGCCAUGUCUAUGGGCCAGACCCAAGCACCCGACAACAGCAGCAUCCCAGCCUUAGCCGUCGGCCAGCCUUAUCCUCCAUGUAUCGUCCCCGCGCACGAGCUGCAACCGAUGGGCCUGGCGGAUCUGCGCACGGAGACGCACCAUCGGGGGUUUAAACUGGUUGUGAAACGGGCCAGUCCCGUGGUGACGGGUGUGGUGCGGUCGUGGGCGAUGGUGCAGGACGAGGCGGAGGAGACGGAGCGGAUCGAGGUGGUGCUGCAUACGUUAAGGGAUGGGCAGGAUGUGUUGGAGUCGGCGAAGGAGUUUGUGGUGAAGGAGCCGUAUUUCACGCUCACCGAGGAGGGGGAACCGACGUUACGGAUCGAUCACCCGUCUGAUCUUGUUGUUGUGCCGAAGGAUAAGCCCCCGGCGGUACCGGCAACUUCGGAGGAGACGGAGAAGAAGGCCGUGGCGCAAAAAACAAAGGGGAACAAUGCCCUCGGCAAAAAUGAGUUACUCGCUGCUCUCGGUCAUUACACCGCGGGUAUCACCCUCGCAAGUACCCUCCCGACCCCUGAUCUCGCCCGAGACAUCCACCGCAACCGGUCCCACGUCAACCUCUUGCUGCAGCACUACGACGCCGCGCUCUCCGACGCCCUAGCCGCGUUGAUCAACCCUUUCCCGGACCCGGACUCCGAUACCAACCCCGACACAGAACAAAACACAAAGAACACCGACUCCCGCACCACAGAACUAGACGCCAAAUCCUACUUCCGCGCCGCCACAGCCGCCUACCACCUCACCAACUACCCCACAGCCCUGCGCUACUUCCAACACCAAAAAACCCUCAUGCCCACCGACCGCGGUGCAGCCACCAACAUCGCCCGGGUCGGGGCAUUAAAAGCCAUGACAUGCGACAUCCGCGACGAGCGCAUGCGCGUCGCACCCGUGGGGUUAGAGCGAGCCGUCGUCGACCGAGCCUUCAACAACGCAAGUUUAGUCGCCCGUUUGAUGACCGAGUCAUUCGGGGAUUGGGACGGGGCCGAAGGCAAGGGGUGUUUCGCGACCGACGACGGACCGGUCGUAGAUGUCUUCCGGGUGCAUGACAUCAUAGCGCGGAACGCGUUUGGCGUCGCGGGCAAGGACGGGAGUGACGCCGGUGGAAGUGCCGGGUUUUGGCCGUAUGCGGCGCUGAUUAAUCAUUCGUGUGUGCCGAAUACACAGAGGGAGUUUGUGGGUGAUUUGAUGGUGAUUCGAGCAACAAAACCCAUCGCCAAGGGCGAGGAAAUCGUGCACAGCUAUGAUGAAUCGGGGGAUUAUGCGGAGAGACAGGAGGCGUUGCUGACGAUGUGGGGGUUUGAGUGUACGUGUGUGUUGUGUGAGGCGGAGAAGGGGGAUGAGGUUGCGGUUAGGGAGAAGAGGGGGAAGUUGGCGAGGGAGGCGGAUGAGUUGUUGAAGGGAGUGGCUGCUGGGGGGGCGGGGAGUAAUAAGAGGUUGGUUAUGGCGAAGGCGAAGAGGUUGGUGGCUGCGCUGGAGGAGACGUAUGAUGAGAAGAGGUAUAGGGGGUUGCCGCGGUUGGCGAGUCAGCGGUUGCAGCAGUUGUUGAAGAAGUGA